AUGGAUGCGGAUAUCCCCACCCUGCCCGCUGGUACCUCGGAUAACUCGGAGUCGGGCACUCUCAAGAGGAAACGUCGGCCGCGCCAUGAGUUCUCAUGCUCGUACAAAGACAAGCCCGAGGAAGUUAAGAGGAUGUUCGACCCGACGGGCCGCAUCCAGCAGCGUCCGCAGAGCCAGCCGAUUCCCGCGGAGCAGCUUCACCCGUCGCCCGUGAGCCUGGAUGAGCCGCUAAAGGUUGAGAACCCCGUCACCGCGGCGAACCCGCACCCGCCCUUCAUGUCGGAGCCGCCGAUGGAGCGCGACCGCGGGUCCUCGGUCGUCUCGUCGGAGCAGGAGGUCGACGGCCUGGGCCAGGUGAACGACCACACCGAGGGCGCAGAGUUCUACGGCCCGACGGGGACGUUCUACUUCCUGGCGCGUUUACGGUCCAGGGCGAACAACAGCGGCGGUACUCAGAAGCAACCGCAGCAGCCCGAUAGCAAGACAUCACCCGGCGGCAAGACGCUGAACCAGACAUCCGUCGUCAACCUCCUCCACAGCUCGGACUACUCCACGUCGCCGGACAACCGCCACGGCCACACGCCAGGGAAGGGCACGCCGUCCGCGAGCGCGGCGACGCGGCGCGACUCGGUGCAGUACGGCAACGGCAAGGUGCUCACCCCGGCGGACGCGGUGUUCGCGACGGAGGUGGAGCGGGAAUGCGUGCGGCUGUACUUCCAGAACCUGCACAACAUCCACCCGAUCCUGGAGCAGACAGGCUUCGUGAAGCGGUGCGACGAGGAGGUGUGGCAGCGCAAGGCGGCGCUGGAGGAGCCGUCGCAGCAGCGCCGCGGGGCGCGAUUCCUGUCGCUGUUCAACUCUGUGAUUGCGAUCGGGGCGAUAACGGCCGGGGAGACGUCGUUGCUGAUGGAGGAUCACACGCUACAGUUCCUGGACAGGACUGAGCUGCCUGGGGAGAACGAGACGACGUACCCGCCUAUUAGGCUUGCGAGGCGGUACUUUGAGCGGGCGAAGCUUUAUUUGGAGGAUAUCUGCGAGUCGAGCUCGCUCGAGACGGCGCAGACGCUGUUCCUCAUGUCCGUUUUCUGUCAGAAUGCGCUCAAGCCGCACAGCUGUUACAUGUACAGCGGCAUGGCCAUCCGUACCGCGUCGGCCAUGGGUAUUCCUACCAACAUCCGAUCCGAGACUAGCCAGGAAAGUUUGCUGUGGUGGUCUUUGUACUCACAUGAGAUCGAAAUGUGCUUCUCCGCCGGACGCCAAUCAGGAUUACGAGGACCGAGUUCUUACUCCAUCCCCUUCCCAAGAACAGCAGGCUUCGUCAGCUCUUCGUCAUGCCUCAUCAACCCCAUGGUCGAUCUCGCCAAGAUCCUCAUGUGGAUGACGGACAACCUAAGCCUUCACAAUAGCCACACAUCAUUACAGCGGCUCUCGCAAACUGCGUUGAAUCUGGACCGGGAGCUGGACGACUGGAAGUCCGGGCUCCCACGAGAGCUCAGGUUCGACACUUCGUCGUUGGAAGACAGCGAGUUCGCCAUGAAACAAAAGACUGUGCUCAAGCUUCGCUUCCUCAAUGCUAGAAUCCUCCUCCACCGCCAAUUCCUGAUUCUCAAGACGCCAGAGUCGGAUCGCAAAACGCUCUCCCGUCACGUCUCAUCCUGCGUGAAGGCCGCGACGGAGACGAUUCGGUUCAUGCACACAAGCUACCUGCACCGCCCCUACUUCAGAACAUGGUGGUACAACUGCAUGUACCUCCUCGACGCCUGCAUGGUCCUCCUGCACGUCCUCAUCUCCAACAUCUCCUCCCCCUUCUCCAACGAGGAAGUCAUCGAGAACCUCGAGAUGAGCAUCGAGAUCUUCAAGGCGAUGAAGAUGCUCGCUGUCGCGCGGCGGUGCGCCGAGAUCGUGACGGAGCUGCUCCACGUCGCCGCGGCGCCCAAGACGGCGGCAGCAGCGGGCGGAAGCGGUGGCGGCAACCCGCCGAAUCAACGACAGGCCAACGAGCACGUCGCGCUGCAGUCGGACCCGGCGACGGUGGCGAUGAAGAUACAGGAUGAGACGCAGCAGGCGAUGCAGCAGACGACCUCGCCGAUGUUCAUGACGGAGGGACUCGAUAUACACCGAGGCGGGGACGAGCUCGGGGAUAACUUGAUACCGGGCGAUUUCGACGCGAACCUGGUGGACCCGAAUGUCGUGUGGAACUUUUUGAACUUUGAGCAUUGGAACGCGUGGUCUGAUGCCGCCUUCCGCUGA